AUGACUUUUGACCAAGGCCAAAGAACAAUGGCCAGCGGCGCAGACUAUCCGUCUCAACAGGAGGACGUUAGUCAGCCGUCAGCCUUCGGAGUUGGUCAAUCCGACUACGACCACAAAGCCCAACAGCGAGCUAACUAUGCUCUUGCCCUUCAAAUGUCAUGUCGAGAUGUCGUUCAGACCAUCAAGGCAAGUGACCUACUCAUGAGCAACGAAUGGGCAAAGCCCCUCACGCACGCCCCCAACGCCAUCUCCAUUAUGGCUCUGUGUCUCAAAACAGCGGCUGUGCGAGAGGCUGCCAACAUCAAGGUGAGGGACAAGGCGGUCACGGACGAGACCGGGAAGAUCAUUGGUCUGCUCCCGUCAGAGUAUUUUCGUACAAACUUGCAGCAUUGUGCGGACAUCGGUAGACUGGCCUUCCUCGAUGCGCAGAAACGCAUGAACAACCUCCAAAGUGUCGCCCGCAGCAUGAUCGCCCCUGAGGGCACCAUCGCUUAUAUCAUCGAUUUACUGAGCGAUCUGGAGGACGCUCAGGAUAAUCUUCCUGGAGCUAUGAAGAGACUGGAAACUAAUGCUGAGAACUUCAAGGCCGAUGCCGAAGCUAUCACCAAAAAGUUUGAGUACUGGGAGAGGGUGAUCAUGCAUCUUCUCAAGAGCUCGCAAGAUGCGGGGUCGGCGACAGAAGAGAAACGAACUCAAAACACAGUCGAUGCUGUAAAGGCAGAUGCAGAGAGGCUCACAAGAGAGAGGGAGGAAGAAGAUGCCAAAAAGGCCAUCCAAGAGCAGCAGAAGCUGCUGCAAAUGGCACGGAAAGAGGUUGAAGAAGCGCAGCGAAGACUGAAUGUGCUUCUUGAUCGGGCACCUAUUGAGGAACCAUCCGCAUGGGCCGACAUGCUGCACGCGCGGGAGCUCGUUCCAGAUCGACCAGCACCAAGCCGCGGAGAAAAGGGUGCGUUCGCCAAAGGAUGGGGAUAUCUGUUCGGCGCCAGUGACAGCGAGGUCGCGGCAGAGAACAAGCACCGCAAGGAACAUGUUGAGGGUAUUGGGAAUGAAAGACAGGCCUAUAUGGCCAAAGCAGCAGAGCGUCGUGAGAUGCAGAGACGGAUGGCGCAGGCCCAACUAGACGAAGCCAGAGGAAACGAGACGAGGCUCUGGGAAGAGUUGAACAAACAGGCCGAAAAGCUCUCCAUCAGUCAUCACAGCCUCACCAAAGCUAAACACGAUUUAGCAAAAACUCACGCCGAGCUUGAGCGUCUGGGCUCCGAGAAGAUUGAGCUAGAGCAGAUUAUGAAGAUUCUCGAGGAGUCCAUGCGUCGAUUAACAGAGCUAAAGAAGGAAGUCGAGGAGAUGGCAUUAUUCUUCAGCCGAGUGCAAACCGUCAUCACCACGACUGUUAGCGAGAACUUGCAGAGUUUUCUGAAUCCGAUUCAACGGGUCUUGGACAAGGGAGACAGCGUUGACAAGAUCCGGGAGAGAAGCAAGCAGAACUUAUUGAGAAACGCAUUUGAACUGCAGGGGCGCUUCUCGGCUACCGCAGACGUGGCUAGCAUGUACGUCCUCGUGUCGAAUAAAUACAUCCGGCCGGGGAUCAAUCAGAUGGAGCAGCUGGCGGCUAUGAAUGAUGCCGACUUUGAGCGCGGAAAGGAGGAAUUCAGGGAGUGGUGCGAUAGUGCGGCGGAGGAUAUUGUGCGCAUCACUGACGGUGAGCAGUCCAAGAUGGCAGAGAAUCUGACAAAGAGUGUUGAAGUUCUAAGUCAGAGGGCUAUAACAAGUGCUUUAUAA